UUUUGUUUUUCUUUGUUUUUUCUAUAUUUUUUUAUUAAGUAUAAUUCAAUAUCCAAUUCAAUAACUAUUUUCCUUCUUUCUUUUUCUGGGCUCAAAAGAUCUUCUCGUGGUUACUCACCCCACUUUCACUUCAUCUUCACUAUGCAAAAGAUUCCAUUUUUCUAUACAUAUUCAUCCCAUUCUUCAAUUGGGUUCCAUUAGAUUCCAUUUUUUAAAGCAAAAUCUAUGCUUUUUACUUCUUAAACAAUCCAAUUGGGUGUUCCUGAAGUAAAGAAAUUCAAGCUAACAGGAAAAAGGAGAAUAAUUUUGUGUAAUAUGGGUUGGCUUACCAAGUUUCUCAAUGGUUCUAAUCACAGAAUUUGGCGAGGGCAAUACAAUGGAAAACAUGGUGAUGAUAGAAUUUGGGAUAAUCAACAUGGUUCAGUGGAUGAUUUGACGGAUGUCGAGAAAGAAGAUAUUGACCGUGCUAUUGCACUCUCUCUAUCAGAGGAGGAUCUGAAAGGGAAAAAAGUUGUUGAGGAUGACUCUCGGUCGGAAGAAGACGAACAACUUUGUAAAAUUGAUGAGGAAGAUGAGAAUGUUGGUAAAGUUCGACUAGAUGAAGAUGAACUGCUAGCUAAAAUUCAGCAGGAUGAAAAUGAACGUCGUGCCAAAGAUCAACUUGAGGAAGAUGAGCAACUUGCUAAGGCAAUUGAAUUAAGUUUGAACGUUGGUAGUUCUCCUCCUCGACAUGGCAAUGAUCCUGUAUCUCAACCUCCUCCCCACCUCUUUCCACCUGGAUUCAGAAUCUGUGCUGGAUGCAAUGCUGAGAUUGGCCAUGGGAGAUUUUUAAGUUGCAUGGGAGGUGUCUGGCAUCCACAAUGUUUCUGCUGCCAUGCUUGCCAUCUGCCAAUCACUGAUUAUGAGUUUUCGAUGAAUAGCAGCCGUCCUUACCAUAAAUCCUGCUACAAGGAGAAGCAUCAUCCAAGAUGCGAUGUUUGCAAGAAUUUCAUCCCGGCUAAUUCAGCUGGCCUCAUUGAGUAUAGAGCUCACCCUUUCUGGAUACAAAAAUACUGUCCAACACAUGAGCUCGACGGCACUCCUCGUUGUUGUAGCUGCGAAAGAAUGGAGCCAAAGGAUUCAAAAUAUAUUUUGCUUGAUGAUGGUCGAAAUCUAUGUCUCGAGUGUCUUGACUCAGCAAUAAUGGAUAGUCAUGAAUGCCAACCUCUCUACCUUGAAAUACUAGAAUUUUACGAAGGUUUAAAUAUGAAAUUGGAGCAGCAGGUUCCUAUGCUUUUGGUCGAGAGACAGGCACUGAAUGAAGCCAUGGAGGGAGAAAAGAAUGGUCAUCACCAUUUACCUGAAACUAGAGGACUAUGCUUAUCGGAAGAGCAGACUGUCACCACCAUUUUAAGAAGACCAAAGAUUGGGGCAGGACACCGAGUCACGGACAUGAUAACCGAGCCUUAUAGACUGACCCGUCGAUGUGAAGUGACAGCCGUACUUGUUUUGUAUGGCCUUCCUAGGUUAUUGACAGGAUCCAUCCUAGCUCAUGAGAUAAUGCAUGCAUGGCUCAGGCUUAAAGGUUAUCCGAACCUGAGUCCAGAAGUUGAAGAGGGAAUCUGCCAAGUCUUGGCUCACAUGUGGUUAGAAUCAGAGCUCUAUUCUGGAUCUGGGAAUAACAAUGGACCAUCUUCUUCUUCAUCUUCAUCACCGUCAAUGGCACCGUCCGCUGCUGCAUCAUCAAAGAAGGGUAAACGGUCUGAUUUUGAGAAGAAAUUUGGCGAGUUUUUUAAACACCAGAUUGAGUCAGAUACCUCAUCAGCCUAUGGAGAUGGAUUCAGAUUGGGUAACAAGGCAGUACUUAAGUAUGGUCUCAAAAGUACCCUUGAUCAUAUCCAUUUGACCGGAACUUUUCCCUGUUGAAAAUAUGAUAACUUUGUUACUCGUAUGAACCUAUACGCCAUCUUGGUCUGAAGCGUUUUCUCGCUAGACCCUACAUCCGCCCGAACUAAAUAUCAGUCGUUGGAUUAAUCGAACAACUGAUAGUGUUGAUCUCAGUCGUUUGGUUAAUUCAACGACUGAGUUUUCGUUCGAGAGGCAAAAGGAUUCAGCUGCCAUCACACAAAUUAUUGAAGUUCGUAAAGUGUACUUUUUUAUAGAUUCCAAAAUAGCAAGUAAUUUUGAAUUAAAAGAAAAGUUACCAUAAAUACUUUCUUUUUUUGAUUUGUUAACAUGAUGUAUUUGGGUUACUCGUUAAUAAAAUCUUAUGAAGAACUACAACAAAGUUUUCAA